AUGUCUCGAUACGCCGCAGCUCACGCUAACCCGCAAGAGAUCCCUGACUUCACGUCCAAGAUGAGGGCAUGGAGCACAAACUGGAAGGAAAGAGGGGGCGACGCUGUACCUAACAGCCGGGGACUUGGAAAAAGCCAAAACCGCCCCUCAGGGAAGAAGUUCAGCCAGACAGGAUGCACCCUGGUCCAGAUGGAUCAGGCUUCCCUAGAGAGCGUCCGGAAUGCAGCGAUGGAAAUAUUGGAAAAGACAGACAAAGUUAAUAUUCUCAUCAACAACGCCGGCGUAAUGGCCCCUGCCGGAUCUCCUGCUCACAACCGACGGCUAUGA